AAUAAGUCAUAGCAGAUCUUAGAUGGCUUCCAAGGUCCUCAUUCAAAAUUCGAUCCCUAUUCAUCCGUCAGAUUCCUUCAACGUUUGAUCAGUCUUCUUCGAUCUUAGUUAUCCCUAUGAAAACGCCCAUAACAGCUCGAUAAUACUCCCGAGGCUCCGAUUACCUCAAAGUAAUGGGAAAUCACCGUCCUCUAGAGAGCAAAACAGAGGACAUUCCAGCUCGAGGAAUGCUGAACGACGAGUACUGGUCCACUUUCACCUUCAACUCGGACGAUUAUGAGUUGGGUCCGAUCAUUGGCUUUGGGGCUUCGUCAACUGUUUAUUCAGCCGUGUUUACCCCGCCCAGUCCUCAGCCUUCAACGUCGCCGAGUGUAUCUUCGACCAGUUCAAACUCAACUUCAACGCCUCAUUCAACACACAUUUCUUCCCCUGGAACUUCUCGGAAACCUCGUCUAAGCAUAACUCUGCCAGCGCCUUCCACUUUACCCACGGCAGUGACAUCACGAGUGCUUGAGCGAGGGACAUCAUCACAGCCUCAAGGAAAUAGGCCGUGCGCUAUCAAAGUAUCGAAUUCUCGCCCGAAUGUGGAACAAUUAUUCAAAGAGAUAAGGCUGCUAGCUCUCUGCAAGCAUCCCAAUAUCCUUCGAAUUUUAGCUACAUUUACCCUACCUCCAGACUGCCAGCGCAUCGCUCUUGUAACCCCUCUCAUAUCAGGAGGAUCUCUAGCUGGUAUCCUUGAUUGGCGCUCUAGAUCGGCAACAACCCCUAAAAGCAAUCAUGCCUUCAAGUUCAACAUUGGGCAUAAAAGAAAGGAGGAAGAUGGACGUGCAGGACUAGAAGAGGAGGAAAUAAAGGCGAUCAUAAAACAAGUGCUUGAAGGGAUGAAGUAUCUUCAUGAGAAAGGAUACUUACAUAGAGAUCUCAAAGCCGGUAACCUCUUAGUAGACGACGAUGGUACCAUCCUAUUGGCAGACCUGGGCGUGGGCGGGGACAUGAACCUUCCUCCUUCGCCAAUAUCAGAAAAGUCUCGGAGAAAGGGAGUUGAAGAGAUCAGGUUUGGAUCUACAGCGGUAGAUGGAUUAGGACCUGGGAAGGCAGCGUCGAUGACGCCAGUGGAGGAGGAUUGGGGUAGGAGAAAGAGCUUUGUAGGCACACCCAAUUGGAUGGCGCCAGAAGUAAUUCUGGGAAGAAGAUAUGACAGCAAGGCGGAUAUAUGGAGUUUAGGGAUGACUAUCCUCGAAUUGGCUUAUGGGACUGUCCCAGGAUCGAAGAACAAGGGCAAAGAUGUUUUGACAAGAAUUAUCACUGACCCUCCUCCGACCUUGGACAGGAUGGGAAAGUUUAGCAGACAAAUGAAGGAGUUUGUGGAUGCCUGCCUCGUAAAAGAUCCGGAUGGAAGACCGACUUCUGCACAGCUACUGGAACAUCAUUGGCUUAAAGGGGCCAAGAAAAAGAAUUUCCUAGCUCAAUCCCUUCUUGAUGGUGUUCCUCAACUUGCGCAGCGGCAGGAGCUUCGUCGAAUACCUACUGUGUCCUCUUUUGUCUCCCGCACAUCAUCGUGGGACUUUACUACUCCGUCUCAUCCUCCAUCUCCUAUAAAAUCUUCGUUACAUAUCCCCUCGGCCCGCUCCCCGUCUGUCAUCUCGUACAAAGGCGAUUACUUUGCGUCUCAUACGCAUUCCCGCAGCUCCUCCUUUAGCGUAAUGCCACCCUCCCCAAGAGUAUCUUUGAGACAAUGGGCUGAAAGAUCUGCUUCCGUCGAGGGUGACUACAUAGUCGGCCUUGGAAUACGGACGGGUAGCGAAAGAGGUAAAACCAGGUCAUCGUCUGUAACUCCUGCGCACAGCGCUCGGAAAACAACAUCAUUCGAUCUUCAGCGCCCAAUGUCGAUAUCAUCGUCCUCAAAAAUCCCUGACGGUGCAUCACCAAUGAAACGUGGUAGAGAUCUAUGGGUGCCGAGGUCGGAGGAUAGCAUGGCGCAAGAUGAUGAGAGGGCGACGGCACCUAUGAGCCCUUUAAUGGAAGUGGGCAAGACCGAGGCGCAUCAUGCGGAGAUACUCUCUUUGAAUUUGAAUGAGAGUUUGACGGCCUUGGAGAUUAGAAGCGAUGGUCUUGAAGCACAUAGAUCCCCAGAACUACUGUCCGAGGGGGCGGAUGAGCCGGGAAGUAUCCCUUCUGCAGAAGUUCCUAAAGAAACCUCCACCGAGGGUAAGAAUGACGUUGUUGCAGCGACAGAAGAUGCGAGACUGCCAGAAACAAGGGCAGAUACGCCAACCACCGCAAGGCAUACUGAGUAUGCGAGCACUGGUCCCUCCACUGUCAUCCCUCUUUCUCGAACCGAAACCAUUUUAGCCAGAGUGUCGUCGCGAGCAGCCAACCCUGAUCACAACGAAAAACGUAGUUGGCUCAGUAGGCGGUCCAGCGUGAAAAAAGCCGAGAAAGUGCUUAUGGCGACUUCUGUCCAAGAGAAAGAUAGAUGUGGCUUGGGCAAUGGGGCGGCACCUGGGCAUUCGCAUUCGCAUUCGAUAGGAAGAACUGGAUCAUGGGGAGCAGUUUUCGAUAAGAUGACUGGGAAGAAAGGUAAACGAUAGGUAUCCGUUAUUGAAGGGGGCUUCAUAGCUGUAUAUAGACACCCGUAGACAAUUGAAGCUCAGGCAGCCGGUUGUAGCUGUAAGACAUUAGCACACUUUACUUGGACAUUCACUCUAAUGAAUUUAUG